AUUCUGCAGGCGGUCUCCACUACCUCACAGAAGAAAAAUGCUAACCCUGCUUCACUUCCCACGGAAAAACCAGCCGAGUUGAGUUGCCUAUGAGCUGGCGUUGGCCCUUCCUUACUACACACCCAGUGGGGCUUUAAAAGGCAGGGCCGGAGGUCUUAGCAGCCACACACAACUCUCUGCCUGUGCGUCUCUGUCUUUUGGUCUCUGUGUGUUGCUCUGAGAGCCGGCUGUGUCAACCUCUCCAGCCUCCAGGUCACUUGGAUUAGAGAUGCUGAUGCCACAUUGCAGGGCCCCCAGUCUCCUGCUCAUCGUUCUGGGCCCCAUACUGUUGGCUGUGGGCCGGGCUGCUAUGGAGAGCCAAGCGCUGUACGAACUUGAGAAGGAACCAGCCUAUUGGGAUGCUCAGGCCAGGGCAACACUGGAUGCUGCGCUGAAACUCCGCCCUAGAGAUCACCAGGCCAAGAACAUCAUCCUGUUCCUCGGCGACGGGAUGGGUGUGUCCACAGUGUCGGCAGCUCGAAUCCUGCGAGGUCAGAUGGAGGGCGGAUCAGGGGAGGAGACAAUGCUGGCCAUGGACACCUUCCCAUAUGUGGCCCUAUCAAAGACCUACAGUGUGGAUAAGCAGGUAGCAGACAGUGCAAGCACCGCUACAGCCUAUCACUGUGGGGUGAAGGCCAAUGCUAAAACAGUAGGGCUCAGUGCUAACGCAGUGGCCUACGAGUGUAACACCACCUUCGGUAAUGAGGUCUACUCAGUACUACGCCGCGCUAAAGCACAAGGUAAAUCAGUUGGCAUAGUUACCACCACCCGUGUCCAGCACGCCUCCCCAGCUGCUGCUUAUGCCCACUCUGUCAGCCGCAGCUGGUACAGUGAUGCAGAUCUUCCCUCCAGCGCUCGCAGACAGGGCUGCGUUGACAUUGCAACCCAACUGGUCACCAACGUUGACAUUGAUGUGAUUCUGGGAGGAGGGAGAAUGUACAUGACACCAAAAGGCACCUCAGACCCUGAGUACCCUACCUCUAACUCUCGAAAGGGGGACCGCAAAGACAAGAGGAACCUCAUUGACGUGUGGCUGAAGGCUAAACCAAACAAGAAAUCACACUACGUUUGGCACAGGAAGGAGUUUGACGAGAUAAAUGUUAAAACUACUGACCGGCUCAUGGGUCUGUUUGAGCCAAAGGACAUGAGAUUUGAGGUUUUCCGGAACAGCACACGUGACCCCUCUAUUGUUGAGAUGACAGAAAAGGCCAUUCAAAUUCUCAGCAAGAAUCCCAAAGGAUAUUUCUUGUUUGUGGAAGGAGGUAGAAUUGAUCAUGGCCACCACGACGGCAUUGCAAAAUUGGCACUGACAGAAGCUGUGAUGUUUGACCGAGCCAUUCAGCGUGCUGCGCGGCUAACCAAAGAAUCAGAUACUCUGACUGUGGUCACUGCUGACCACUCCCAUGUCUUCACGUUUGGUGGAAACACACCCCGAGGGAAUCCAAUCUUUGGUCUGGCACCAAAGAAAGCGGAUGACAAAAUGCCUUUCACCAGCAUCCUAUAUGCCAACGGCCCUGGUUAUGUCCACAUAAAUGGAACCAGAGGGAACAUCACAAUGGUGGAUUACUAUGAUGAGGAGUACAUGCAACAGGCUGCUGUCCCACUUGAUGCUGAGACGCAUGGCGGGGAAGAUGUGGCCAUCUAUGCCAAAGGCCCAAUGGCUCACCUGUUCCAUGGGGUGAAAGAGCAGAACUAUGUGGCUCAUGUUAUGGCUUACGCUGCUUGUUUAGAGCCUUAUAUGAACUGCCCUCCUUAUCCACACACCCACACCUCGAGCGGGGGUGUGAACUCGCCCUCAAGCCUCCUGUUUGGCCUGCUUGGCCUCCUCUGUUUACUCAGAUGACCUCGAAACACACACGCACAGAUCAGCGCACACAUUUACACAAAUACAUUGUAUGCAUGUAGCAAUACAGACACUUUAUGCACUAAAACAUACACAUUCACCUUAUGGACGCUGGCAAGUCAGAACACAGGGAUAAACAUUCAAUGCUGUACUGUAACAGAAAGAAACUCACAGUCUUCCUGACCACACAAUAUAGAUUCACGUGAGCUAGUAACCUUCAAAAAAUGCAUGUAGUAGCUCUUAUUGAAAUACAAACUAACAGGCAGGCAGUGCAUGAUAGAACACAUGCAAAUAUGCAAACAUGAAUGUUCAUUCUCACACAAGCCAUUUCAUGCAACUGUUGACAGUUUCUUUUUAUAGAUCAUUAGCAUUUACUUAAUGAGGACUGUUUAUAAUCUGUACUUGCAACAUGACUACUAACUUGCACUAACUAGUUCUUUCAGUAGUUAGUUAGAUGUUUGUCCUCUUCUUAGUUUCUGAGGUAAAUAGAAAGUCUGUCCGGACUCUGUUCGUUCAGAGCUGUUAAACAUUUGCAAGGAACUGUAAUUCACUAGUUACACAUUCAUCUGAGGCUUUAGCCAGAAUAACAACUAAACAACUGUAACAUGCAGUCUGAGGGCUCACUGUUCAGCUUGUGGACACAGACAGGACACACAGCUGUUGGUGUACAUGAUUGUCACUGUCCAGAUGGAAUAAAUGACUAUAUGAGGGUAACAUAGACCUGAACUACAAGCCAUCGUGCCAUGCCAAGCUGCAACACUCACAGACUUUACAAGAAAUCAAGAAACGAUGCUGUAUCUCUUUCAGGAGUGAAAAAUAAUGUAGCCUUGAAUUUUCUUUUUUUAUUACGUUUGCAUCUUGACCUCAUUGGUUCCAAAUAGUAAAUCUGUUUUCUGUCAGAUUUCCUGUCACUUGAUAUGUAAUCUAUUUGGAUGUACAUGAAUGUAUUUUGUAAACAAAUAUUGUCAAUGUAUUUUUAUACUGUGUUUUUGCAAAUGUUACUUAAAUAAGGAUGAAAAACAUUACUUUUUCUUGGUGAGUACAUUCUCCAAUUCAGUUUCAGGAAAGGGUUUGCUGGUUUCCAAAGAAAGAAAUAAAAAUGUGGAGAAGGCUUGGCACAGUUGGGUGUAUU